UCUACCAAGAGGCAGAGAACAAGAUGUUCCACAUAGAAAUACAAAGCAGUGGAAAAUGGAGUUCUCCCAGCACUGGGAAGGGGCCCCCAGAAAUAAGACACAUAGCCUCGGCCCUCAGAGAAUUUAAUUGCUAUCCAAACAGGGAUACAGGUCUGAAAAGUUCCUCAAAAUGUCAUAACAAGGAGUAUGUAAACCAGUGCUAGCUCCACAGGAAAUACACUUGGUGAGUAACUAGAUAGACAUAACAGAAUUUUCAGGCAUGAGAUGAUUGGUGAUUAAAUACCCUCCCCUUCUCAAAAGUAUAUCCCCACUGUAGUUAAUAUAAUAUAAUAAUAAUUGUAUUUUUAAAUUCUGCCUAUGCUGUGUCUACUUCCUAGGCAUGUUGUAAGGAUUCAUUAUAGUUAAGAUAAAUAAUUUAGAAUAGUCUCUGAUAUACAGUAAUCGACCAAUAAAUAUUAGCUCCUAUUAUUUUCUGAUGAAUGAGAACCCAUAAUUUUGAUUUCCUCUUCUCUCCCUAUGUGGCUGCUGAGCUGUGCUUGCACCAGUUUAAAUGGGCUGCAGAUGCUACUAGAAAGAUUAAAACAGAGGACCUCAAUGACUCCCUGCAGCAGACCCUCUUGCAUAGGCCAUGCCACCUGAGUCAAGGACCUGCCAUGAUGUCCAGAAACCAGAUGUCUGGGGAUGUGACUCCCCUCCACCCACUCCAGCAGCUCGUGCUGGUUCCUGGCCACCUACAGUCUGUAUCCCAGUUUCUGCUAUCUCAGACACAGCCUGGGCAGCAAGGUCUGCAGCCAAAUCUUCUCCCCUUUCCACAGCAACAAAGCUCUCUCCUCCUCCCACAGUCUGGACCUGGCUUGGCAUCCCAGGCAGCUGGACACCCUGGGCUGUCAGGAUCCUCUUUAGAACCCCACCUGGAAGUGUCCCAGCAUCUCCCAUUGCCUAAGCAUCUGCCCAGCACUGGAGGGGCUGACGAGCCCAGUGACCUGGAGGAGCUGGAGAAGUUUGCCAAGACCUUCAAGCAGAGGCGCAUUAAGCUGGGCUUCACACAGGGAGAUGUGGGACUGGCAAUGGGAAAGCUGUAUGGCAAUGACUUCAGCCAGACCACGAUCUCGCGAUUUGAGGCCCUCAAUCUGAGCUUCAAGAACAUGUGCAAGCUCAAGCCACUUCUGGAGAAGUGGCUGAAUGAUGCAGAAUCCUCUCCAUCAGACCCCUCAGUGAGCACUCCAAGCUCCUACCCCGCCCUCAAUGAAGUAUUUGGUAGGAAGAGGAAGAAACGCACCAGCAUUGAGACCAACAUUCGCCUGACUCUGGAGAAAAGAUUUCAAGAUAACCCCAAACCUAGCUCAGAGGAAAUAUCCAUAAUUGCAGAGCAGUUGUCCAUGGAGAAGGAGGUGGUAAGGGUCUGGUUCUGCAACCGACGCCAAAAGGAGAAGCGAAUCAACUGUCCUGUUACUGCACCCAUUAAAUCUCCCAUCUAUACUUCCCGUCUGGUCCCUCCCUCUGGGUCUCUGGGCCCCCUCUCCAUCCCUCCUGUCCAUAGCACCAUGCCUGGAACAGAUCUUGGUACCGAUGGAAUCAUCCCACCUACCUCCACUAAGACCAAAAAGUUUCUCCUAUUCCACCUGGCCCUGUAUUCCCCAUUGGAAGGAAGGGAGUCAUCCCUUCUCUGUAUGGACAGAUUACUCUCAGAAGAGCAGAGGAGAAUCCCCACUAUCACUGAACCUAAACUCUUGCCUUCUUAAUGAGCAAGGGCCUCCAGAGAUUUAAACUGUGAUUGAACCAUGUGUUGACUUCUAGUGUUGUUGAAAUAUAUACCAAUGCUAAAAUUUGAACUUCCUUGCCUGUGCCCCACCUCCAUCCUCUAGUUCUAAAUAUUUCGAACAGCAUCACUGUGGCAGUGGUGUUUCAGAAAAAGGACAUCUUGCCAUUAUUCUCCAACCCAUUCUGGGGACAGCCAUUUGCCUGGUGUGCCAAACAAUCAAAAAGAGAAAUAAUGGUUUUAACUCUGACUUUAGCCAUAGUCUCUGAACUACUUCUAAAAUAUGUGAAAAAAAUUGAAUUUGAUGCCUCUACCAAAGCCUUGAUGUUUUCCCUGUUCAGCAAAGUUUUCUGACUGAAACUUCUUUCACCCAGUUUUCUCUUCCAUGCUGCCCCCUUUUCUAGAACCAAUUCCAUUCAUGAUUUUGUUCUCCAAGUUCCCUCCUCUUUACAGAAGUCUGAGUCCCUCAGUCUCCUGGGCAUAUUUCUGUACCUACACCUGUCUGUUACACCUGUCACAGAGUUAAGGAGCACUUGUUCAUUCUCACCUUCUCUGUGUUUUUCCUUAUCUUAUUCUCUCUCCCUUAUCCUGACUAUAGAAGGAAGGACACAAAAACAAACAUGCAACAAUUACUCUGGCAAAAUACCUAUAUACAGCCCUUUUGUCGUUUUGCACUUUCUUCUUCUUAAUGUGGAAUUUUCCAGCAAAAUGUUUAACUCAGGUGUGAAUUUUCAACAUGUCUGUAAUAUUUUAUCUUCUUUAAAAAAAAAGAAGAGAAAUGAAAAAUACCAAAGUGUGAAAUACUAUGCUAACUCCCACAAGAGUUCCCAUAUGGGCUAGGAAUCCUUUUUAACUUCCUGGAAAUGUUAUUUUAAGUCUCCUUUGUGAGCUAGUAUGUUGAAAUGUAACAUAAAGCCAUUCUAGAAAUGGUAACUUAAAGAAAAACUGCAUAUCCAAAGAAAUGUUGAGAUUCAAAGGAAUCUCACUGUUCCUAAAUAAAUUUGAAUAGUGAUAAUAUACACUAUUCCACUACUGAUAAGAAGAUGUUUAGAUGAUUGUUCUGUGUCUUUUGUUGUGGGAUGAUGUGAGUGCAUAUGACAAAGUGGUACAGUAAAAAUGUUUCAAAUGAAGUGUAUUACUCUAACAUACAUUAAUGCAUGGCUGUAAAGAGUUCAGAGGUUUGGU